AUCACUUAGCCCCGCUUCCUUGCUCUCUUUUUGUACUGGCGAUUCUGUCUUCAUCGAAGCAAUUCUCCAUGCAUGCUUCUGUGCUUCGCCUAGACCGGACUCAUCAUCAGGCUGGGAUGGGAUAUGCUGUUGCUUGUCGCCAAGGUCAACAACCUUAGACGACCUCGAUCAGUUCGACAACUGCAAGAAGUCGCUUGGAGCAGGGAAACAUCGAAGGAUCCCACCAUAGCGGCUUUUGUUUUUUGCAGUUGAAAUCCAUUCGUAUUUGCGGUGGACUGCAGCUGAGACGGAACAAUUCUCCUGUCUUGCUUCGCCUCUCUGUUUCUCGCUUGUGCUUGCGGCUUGUGAGGGCAAAGAGAGCGAACGGCGACAACCAAACGAGCUACUCCCCUUGUUCGAUUGACCUCUUCUUUUUGAAUUGUGGUGUUGGAUCGAUUGACACAAACACCACACCCUGUGUAGGAUAGGUACAGAAGACUUUUAGGAAGGAAGGUCUGUGUCUGUCAACAGACCGCUUUAAUGCGAUUGUUUGAAUCAGGAGAGACCAUUGUCGUCUCGCGGGAAGCAUCAAAGCUAGUCAUGGAUCAUUCUGACAUCCGAGAAGGACAGAGAACGUCGCUGCCUUCUCAAGACCAAGCUCAACAGCCGCCACAGCAACACCAGCCACUCCAACAACCACAACCACACGGACAGCCACCAUUCCAACAGUCUUGGCCGGCUGGUGCCGUACAACAGUACCCACAAGUACCGCCGCCAGCUCAAAGAAAUAUCUAUACUCAACAACAGCAAGAUCUCUCACACCAGCAACAAUCUAGACAAGCACAACACGCCACAAUGACGUCCACUGCAGGACUCCCGCGCCCAGACAUGGACUACCACAAUCAAGCAGCCGCGAGCUUGUACUUGCAAAAUACAGCGGCAGCAGCAGCAGUAGCGGCCCAUUAUGGGGCAUAUCCCCGGCAACACUAUGGAACUGUUCCUCCCCAACCACCGUAUUAUCAACCACAAACACAACAAUUGCCAGGACAUGCGCCGCCAUUGGCGCCUCCCGCUGCAGCAGCGGGAGCACAGCCACCACUGCCACCCUAUGGACCAGGGUCUCAGGCAGCCAGUGUUCUACGUGGAGCUGCUGGCAUAAUCGUGCCGCCUCAUGCACAUCCUCAUCAUCCAACACUCCCUCCCGUAAUCCCCCCUCCCGUCAUUCCCCCUCAACCUUACCUACAACCCAAGAUUGGGCGAUUACCAGCAGACCGACCACUCAUGAAGCUAUCCGUAUCACUCAUUGACACAUACAAACACAUCAACACAGUAUACUACGAAGAGCGAGAGGCAAGACGUGCUGCAAGAGCCAAAGGAAAGGCAAAGAGCAGCAGCAGUGGCGGCACAGGAUCCAGCAGUGGAGCACCAGGCCCGGCGGCUGCUGCGUCUGGGAGUGGUUCCUCGUCGCAACCAGCUUCGGGAGGUACUGGAACACACAAUCAUGGUUGGGACGAUGAAAACUAUGACUAUAUCGUUACUAGUGGUGAACUCUUCUAUGGGCGCUAUCGAAUCAAGGAACGCAUUGGCAAGGGAUCGUUUGGUCAGGUGGUCCGGGCUGAAGACGUCGACACCCGAAAGGACGUUGCCAUCAAAAUCAUCAAGUCAAAGAAACCAUUCUUGAUACAGGCCCAGACAGAGAUUGAACUGCUGACGCAUCUCAACGAGAAAGACAAUGAAGACCAGCACAAUAUCGUCCGACUUUUGACUCACUUCAAGUACCGCAAUCAUCAAUGCUUGGUCUUUGAAAUGUUGUCUCUAAAUUUGUACGAGCUGCUGAAGAAUACGCAGUUUGGAGGGGUGUCUCUGAACCUGAUACGAAAGUUCGCCAAACAGGUCUUGAGGGCUUUGUCGUUUUUGGCGAGACGGGACGUUGACAUCAUUCAUUGCGACCUCAAACCUGAGAACAUUUUACUGCGCCAUCCCAAGAAAAGUGGCGUCAAGGUGAUUGAUUUUGGCUCAUCCUGUCGAUCCAACAAACGCAUGUAUUCAUACAUCCAGAGCCGAUUCUACCGGUCCCCUGAAGUCAUGUUGGGCCUUUCUUACAGUGUCGCCAUUGACAUGUGGAGCUUGGGAUGUAUCUUGGCUGAGAUGCACACGGGGGAACCUCUGUUUUCAGGAUCUGACCAGUUCGAUCAAAUGCAAAAGAUUGUCAAGCUUUUAGGAAUGGUGCCUUCACGUAUGCUCGACAUAUCGAGCGACCAGCAUCGUCUUCAGUUCUUUGAAAAAAGUGUUUCGGCCGCUGGGGUAGACGAAUGGGCGUUACGGCAGGUUCGUUCUUCGUCUUCUUCGCGGCCAUCGUCGACUCAACAGCAGCAGCAGCCACAACCCAAACAAGUUGUUGUCCCCAGUCGGGACCCAGUGGCCUCCCUAACGGAAGUCAUCACUUCAGACGCACACCGAAAGAAGAAGUUUCCUCCUGCAGAAACCCGAAACACUGCUCGGAAUUAUGAGUUGUUCAUCGAUCUAGUCCAUCGAAUGCUCGCGUAUGAUCCAAAAGAGCGAAUAAAGCCCGCUGAAGCUCUCAACCAUCCAUUCAUCACAGACACCGGUGCAGAGCAGUCGGCAGCACCACAACAAUCCACAGGUGCGCCUUACGGAACGAGCAGCACUGUCCGCCGAUAAAUGUAUCCUACAGCUGGCUGCCCUUACGCAAGGGCGGGCUGGUCAUCCACUGUCGUCGAAAGUGGAUUGGAAUUUACAAUGAUGAUUUGAAAUUUGUGUUGUAGAACAAAAGCAGGGGUCAAGAAGAAGCGAAGGUGAAACCAUUGCAUAACUGUGUCGCCAACCAGCAAUCGUAGGUUGUUCUUUCGAGGAGCAAGCGGAAGAACAAGGGGAUUCUGGUUCCUUCGGGGGUAUGGUCGUCGUGGAUAAAAGCAUCGAGUGUUUUGAAAGCACCGCUGCACUCGUGACACUACUUGAGUGGAGGAAAGGAACCUAAUUUUUUUAGCCGGCAUUUUGUCUUGGUUAGAGCAGAUCACUUGUGAUUGAUUGAUGUCAAGUGUCUGGUUGUGUUUCAUUCCGUUGCCGUUUCGUUUUACUGGAGGAAAGGCUUCUCUUGAGUAAGCGAUGUUGCCAUGCUCAGCCGUUCUUGGCGAGGAAAGAUGUGGGGCUCCGCAAGUUAGUUGAACGACCACACAACGACAGAAUGCAUGAUGGCGCAGUCGACUUCAAAUAUACCUAACUAAAAAGCUAAGCUAGUUUCUACAACACAGUACUGCGUCACUGUCCACCACCACACCAA